AUGGCCACGCAGAUCUGUUCCUCGAUCUUCUCUUCUGGGUCCAUCAAGGGCCUCUGUGGCACAACAAGUGGCAUGUGUCGGGUGUCCCCUGUUCGCUCUGUGGGCUCCUGCAGGGUCCCCAGUCUUGCUGGUGCUGUGGGCUCUGCCUCCUCCUGCAGGAUGGGCCUCUCUGGCCUUGGGAGCUGCUUGCCUGGCUCCUACCUGUCCUCUGGGUGCCACUCCUCUGGCUUUGCUGGCAGUGGGGGCUGGUUCUGCGAGGGCUCCUUCAAUGGCAGCGAGAAGGAGACUAUGCAGUUCCUGAAUGACCGCCUGGCCAACUACCUGGAGAAGGUGCGGCAGCUGGAGCGGGAGAAUGCGGAGCUGGAGACCAAGAUCCGAGAGUGGUGCGAGUGUCAGAUCCCGUACAUCUGCCCGGACUACCAGUCCUACUUCAAGACCAUCGAGGAUCUCCAGCAGAAGAUCCUGCUGACCAAGGCUGAGAAUACCAGGCUGCUCCUGCAAAUUGACAACGCCAAGCUGGCUGCUGACGACUUCCGGACCAAGUACGAGACGGAGCUGGGCCUGCGGCAGCUGGUGGAGUCGGACAUGAAUGGCCUACGCAGGAUCUUGGACGAGCUGACCCUGUGCAAGGCCGACCUGGAGGCCCAGCUGGAGUCUCUGAGGGAGGAGCUGCUCUGCCUCAAGAAGAACCACGAGGAGGAAGUCAACGCACUCCGUUGCCAACUCGGGGACCGACUGAAUGUGGAAGUAGAUGCCGCCCCCCCAGUGGAUCUCAACAAGAUCCUGGAUGAUAUGAGAUGCCAGUAUGAAGCCCUGGUGGAGAGUAACCGCAGAGACGUGGAGGCCUGGUUCAACACGCAGACUGAGGAGCUGAACCAGCAGGUGGUGUCCAGCUCAGAGCAGCUUCAGUGCUGCCAGACGGAGAUCAUUGAGCUGAGACGCACUGUCAACGCCCUGGAGAUUGAGCUGCAGGCCCAGCACAGUAUGCGGAACUCCCUGGAAUGUACCCUGGCGGAGACCGAGGCCCGCUACAGCUCCCAGCUGGCCCAGAUGCAGUGCCUGAUCAGCAACGUGGAGUCCCAGCUGGCCGAGAUCCGCUGCGACCUGGAGCGGCAGAACCAGGAGUACCAGGUCCUCCUGGACGUCAAGGCCCGGCUGGAGUCGGAGAUCGCCACCUACCGCUGCCUCCUGGAGGGAGAAGACUGCAACGUGUCCUGCUCCCCGGCUUCCCAUGUCUGCACCUAGAUUCGCACCAUCGCCGAGGAGAUCAGAGAUGGGAAAGUCCUUUCCUCCAGG